AUUCAGCUCUUCUCCCUACCCUCUUUGGCUUCCUUCUGUUUUUUUUUUUCUCUUCAUAAAAAAAAAAUGGUUUGUAGUCACAGUUUCAUAUUUUGCUGGAGACCUUGCUACUUUUCCCUUCUUUUUCUCUUGGUUCUAAGCACAAGCCAAGUGAGAUACAAAGCUGAAGGUAGACCAAAUCCCAAAUCUGAUAGCUUUUCCAAGAAAGUAAAUGAAGAAAAGGCGAUAUUGAAAGCUCAGAUAGGUUCAAGGCCGCCAAAGUGUGAGAGAAGGUGCAGCUCAUGCGGGCCCUGUGAAGCCAUUCAAGUGCCUACAAAUCCCCAAGUCGGAAAUGGUAACAGCAAUUCUUCAACAUUAAUCUCUGAUGUUGCCUACACAAGAGGAGAUGACAGCUCUAACUACAAGCCCAUGAGUUGGAAAUGCAAGUGUGGGAACUUCAUCUUCAACCCCUGAAAUAUAUUAUAUAGUUGCCAGAACAGAAUUUUAGGUUCUUGAAUAAUACCAUUUUUUGGA